AUGCAGGCUCAUCUGUCUUUACAGACACAACUUGCUUCGAUAAUGGACGUGCUUGCUAGAGCGGCCGUUGACGAGAUCAGUCAACUCUUUUCCGAGAGCUCGGCUGAUUUGCACUUGGAGAUUUCUCGCAGCUACAAAGAAAACGACGCUCUGAAAAUGAGGAUGAAGGUGAUGAAGAGCGAGCUUUUCUCCCUGCGGCUACAAAGGGCGAGUACACCGCGCGGCAGUCGCUUUUCUUUCAGCAGAACUUUAUGCAGGCCUCGGGGGAAACUCACAGGUUGGUUGAGGUUCUCAAACUGCUAUCUGGGAGACAUCGGGGUAUCACAGAUUAUCCAUUAUAUUGACCAGAUACUCUAGUGGCCGCUCGAACAAAAUGUCUUUAAAAAUGGAAGACAGCUGGGAGGAGGCACUAUCAGGUGGGACCUUUCUAGCCAAUGAGAGGGCAGAUACGUUUGUGAACAACAGGCACAACGGUUUCCAUUAGUUUCUACAGUCACAAAAUCUAUAUCGUAAAAAAUAGUGAAAACAAACAUUUGCUUUUUGGUCUUAAUUUAAGGUUAGGGUUAGGCAUAAGUUUAGCAGUGUGGUUAGGGUUUGGUUUAAAAUCACAUUUUAAUAAGAUAAAUAGUAGAAAUGGGCGGGGUUUAUGACUGUGUCUGAGGUAACUAGUGACGACCAGGCACAACUCUGAUAUAAAGUGUUUUUUCUCAAAGUUGCCGGGAUGUCACGUGUCCUACUUAUAUCAGUACACUCCUAACAACCUAACCAUUAAGACACUUCUAUUCGAUCAAAUAAGCUACACAUAGCAAAUAAGCCAUUACAUCUUUUGUUAACCAAAUUCGACACCCUCAUUGACCUCCAUACAAAGACUUAGCUUGCUGUGAGAAAAAAAAAACGAAAUCGCAACCUGCUGGAAAAUACAGAUUUUGGGCUCAGUUAUCCCUCUUGCUUCACCUCAUCAUCUCUGGGUGGAUUCCGUUGGAUUCGGUUUAAUCAAAACGAAAAACAUUUUGCAACAUAAACAAGAGUUUCUAUUGGCCAAACCUCCUCGUUGUUCUGUUUGCUCUGUUUGCUUCCAUUUGGUUCCUAGAGUAAACGGUUUUCUCUCGGACAAAACGUUUUGCAACUGAAUCCGACUAAUGAAUACAAGCCAGUCAAUUCAACAUAAUAUGUUGGAAGUGGAAUGGUUUUUGACCUUUGCUCUCCCUCAUAGAUAAGACACCUGAGCACCAGACAGCCGUUUACAGCAGGGAUGAUGCUCCUAUUACAAUAGGGGAAGAGGAGAUACCAUCCACAGUCAAAACAGAGGUGAGUGGCAAUAAUAACAGCUCAUCACACAUCGCUGACAUAGGCUACUACUACUCUACAAACUACAUGUGUUUGUUUUAUGGUUCAGUGUGCAGAUGUGGAGAGUCCAGAUGUCAUCUUGAUAAAAGAUGAGGAGGGGCCUGAGGAUGACUUUGGAGGAUGUGGGCCAGAUGCAGGUGUGUAGAGGAAGAAGAAGAGAAGGAAGAGGAUGAUGGGAUGGUAUAUAGACAAUUGACAGCCAGAUAACUACCAGAUAAUAUUAUCGUUUUGUUUCCCGUAGGUCAUGAUGGUAUUUGUGGUGAGAAUGUUGCCAUGGUGACGCCACAGCCGGAACAUGCCACCCAGAGACUAGGUCACGAUGAGGGACUGUACAGCAUGAACAACCCUCAUGCUCAUGGUCGAGGUGAAGGAGCGCUGUGCAGCGUGACCAGUACUGAGAACUACCCUUUCUUCAGAGCCCCAGAACUGCCCCAGAGUUUGCCCUCACACUCUGGUCUGCUGCCUGACCACACAGUCAACCAUCAGAUGCAGCUGAAUACUCAUUCUAUUGGGGAACCUCUGCCAGGCAACCCCCCAAUGAGGGGCGUGCAAAGUGACAGAGGGGGUCUGCAGAGAGGGGAUACAGGAGGACGGGGUCUGAAAAUCGUACAGCUAGCUUCCCUAGAAACCACCCCAACAACAACCUUGGCAACAGGGGGUGUGACUGUGAGGCGCCCUAGUCAUGUAAACCAGUUCCAGCGCCACCACGUCCCCCACGGUACCAAGCCAUUGUUCUGUAGCGACUGUGGGAAGCGCUUCUCUCGCCGGCUUGACUUGAUCCGCCACCGGGUGGUCCACACAGGAGAGAAGCCUGUCAUAUGCAACCUGUGCGGGAAUUCGUUUGUCAACAAGACGACACUGAGGGUCCACAUGCGUAUCCACACGGGGGAGAAACCGUACAUGUGCUCCUUGUGUGGGAAGGGCUUCACCCAGAAUGGCAGCCUGACCAUCCACCUGAGGACCCACUCUGGGGAGAAACCCUACAGCUGCUCCCACUGUGGAGCCUCGUUCAACAACCCCAGCAACCUGCGCAGACACAUGGUCACACACCCAGAGCAGGCAGGGACACUGACACUCUGACACACACAACC